CUGACUCAUCGUGUGACCCUGAGCAAGUCUCUUAACCUCCUUGUGCUCCGUCUUUCGGGUGAGACGGUUUUGUAAGUGACUUUGCAGCUGGUGCAUAGUUCACACACCCUAGUCUCUCAUAUCUUGUAAAACGCUUUGUGAUGGUGACCCACUUCUUCCUCCACCCCAACAAAUACUGUGAUGCCACACCUCCUCCCUCCCCUCUCCUGAACCUCCAGAGGCACAACUCUGGAGCAUCUGCUUAUCUGCGUCACACUCUCUCCGAAAGUACCAUCGUGCAACAGGUUCUCGCUGACCUUGGCUUCAUGGAUCUUGUGUUUCUGCUCGAGUCCAACGCCCUUUCGGUUCUCCUGGGGUUGGUUGUGUUGCUGGUCCUGGUUUUAAUGAGCCGCGGGUCUAGCGGUAAGACCAGUAGGCUGCCCCCCGGACCCUCUCCCUGGCCUGUACUCGGGAACUUGCUGCAGGUGGAUUUGAAGAAGCCGUACAAAUCUUACCUAGAGCUCAGUCAGAAAUAUGGUUCGGUGUUCACAGUGUGGUUGGGUCCGAAGCCGGUGGUGAUUCUCAGCGGUUACGAGACGAUAAGGGACGCUCUGGUGAACCAAGCAGAGGAGUUCAGUGGGAGAGCCAACUACCCCACAUUACUGAGAGUGACCGGUGGUUAUGGGGUGCUGGUCAGCAGCGGGGAGAGGUGGAAACAGCUCCGCAGGUUUUCCAUCACCACGCUGAAGAAUUUCGGGAUGGGACGGAGGAGCAUUGAGGAGAGAAUCCAAGAGGAAGCAAAGUCUGUGGUUGAGGCCUUUGCAGAAAAAGGAGGAGCUCUUUUUAACCCCAAAUUCAUCCUUUACAAUGCGGUCUCCAAUGUCAUCUGCUCCAUUGUCUUUGGAAAGAGGUUUCAAUACAACGACGAACAGUUCCAGCAUCUUCUGCUGACAAUAGACAGCUAUUUCAAGGUUCUCAGCAGCUCCACUGGAAUGCUCUACAACAUGUUCCCCAAUGUUGUCAAACACCUUCCUGGAACUCAUAACAAGAUGUUCGAAGAGAUAGAAAAUCUCAAGGACUUUGUGAAGGAACAAGCUCAAAGCCGGGAGAAAGACCUGGACCCUGACUGCCCUGGUGACUUCAUAGAGGCCUUCAUGAUCAAAAUGCAACAGGAGAAAGACAACCCCGAGACUGAAUUCCACUAUGAAAACCUGGUGGCGACGGUGUUCAAUCUGUUCUCUGCUGGGACAGAAACCACUGCCUCCACAUUGAGACAGGCUCUGCUGAUCAUGAUCAAGUACCCCCACAUUCAAGAGAAGAUUCAUCGCGAGAUCGACGCUGUGAUUGGCUCGGAGCGAAGCCCCUCUACCCAGGACAGGCAGCACAUGCCCUACACAGACGCUGUGAUUCAUGAAGUCCAGAGGUCAAUGGAUCUUGCACCGACUGCAGUCCCUCACAAAGUGAUUAAAGACACUGAAUUCAAAGGAUACUCCAUUCCAGAGGGGACCAUGGUGCUGCCCCUGCUGUCCUCAGUCCUGUCUGACUCCAAUCUGUGGAAAACCCCUGACAAAUUCAACCCCGAGCACUUUCUGGAUGAAGACGGAGGCUUCAAGAAGAACGACGCCUUCCUGGUCUUUUCUCUAGGGAAGCGGGUUUGCCUGGGAGAGGGGCUGGCUAGGAUGGAGCUUUUCCUUUUCUUCACCUCUCUCCUGCAGAAGUUCCGCUUCACCGGGACUCAGCCCCCGGAAGAGAUAGACGUCAGCCCUGCUCUGAGCAGCUUCGGGAAACUGCCCAAAGCUUACGAGUUCUACGCCCACCGCAGGUCCUCCAGAGGCACAACUCUGUUGCACCUGCUUAUCUGCGUCACACUCUCUCCGAAAGCUACCUUCGUGCAACAGGUUCUCGCUGACCUUGGCUUCAUGGAUCUUGUGUUUCUGCUCGAGUCCAACGCCCUUUCGGUUCUCCUGGGGUUGGUUGUGUUGCUGGUCCUGGUUUUAAUGAGCCGCGGGUCAAGCGGUAAGACCAGUAGGCUGCCCCCCGGACCCUCUCCCUGGCCUGUACUCGGGAACUUGCUGCAAGUGGAUUUGAAGAAGCCGUACAAAUCUUACCUAGAGCUCAGUCAGAAAUAUGGUUCGGUGUUCACAGUGUGGUUGGGUCCGAAGCCGGUGGUGAUUCUCAGCGGUUAUGAGACGAUAAGGGACGCUCUGGUGAACCAAGCAGAGGAGUUCAGUGGGAGAGCCAACUACCCCACAUUACUGAGAGUGACCGGUGGUUAUGGGGUGCUGGUCAGCAGCGGGGAGAGGUGGAAACAGCUCCGCAGGUUUUCCAUCACCACGCUGAAGAAUUUCGGGAUGGGACGGAGGAGCAUUGAGGAGAGAAUCCAAGAGGAAGCAAAGUCUGUGGUUGAGGCCUUUGCAGAAAAAGGAGGAGCUCUUUUUAACCCCAAAUUCAUCCUCUACAACGCGGUCUCCAAUGUCAUCUGCUCCAUUGUCUUUGGAAAGAGGUUUCAAUACAACGACGAACAGUUCCAGCAUCUUCUGCUGACAAUAGACAGCUAUUUCAAGGUUCUCAGCAGCUCCACUGGAAUGCUCUACAACAUGUUCCCCAAUGUUGUCAAACACCUUCCUGGAACUCAUAACAAGAUGUUCGAAGAGAUAGAAAAUCUCAAGGACUUUGUGAAGGAACAAGCUCAAAGCCGGGAGAAAGACCUGGACCCUGACUGCCCUGGUGACUUCAUAGAGGCCUUCAUGAUCAAAAUACAACAGGAGAAAGACAACCCCGAGACUGAAUUCCACUAUGAAAACCUGGUGGCGACGGUGUUCAAUCUGUUCUCUGCUGGGACAGAAACCACUGCCUCCACAUUGAGACAGGCUCUGCUGAUCAUGAUCAAGUACCCCCACAUUCAAGAGAAGAUUCAUCGCGAGAUCGACGCUGUGAUUGGCUCGGAGCGAAGCCCCUCUUCCCAGGACAGGCAGCACAUGCCCUACACAGACGCUGUGAUUCAUGAAGUCCAGAGGUCAAUGGAUCUUGCACCGACUGCAGUCCCUCACAAAGUGAUUAAAGACACUGAAUUCAAAGGAUACUCCAUUCCAGAGGGGACCAUGGUGCUGCCCCUGCUGUCCUCAGUCCUGUGUGACUCCAAGCUGUGGAAAACCCCUGACAAAUUCAACCCCGAGCACUUUCUGGAUGAAGACGGAGGCUUCAAGAAGAACGACGCCUUCCUGGUCUUUUCUCUAGGGAAGCGGGUUUGCCUGGGAGAGGGUCUGGCUAGGAUGGAGCUUUUCCUUUUCUUCACCUCUCUCCUGCAGAAGUUCCGCUUCACCGGGACUCAGCCCCCGGAAGAGAUAGACGUCAGCCCUGCUCUGAGCAGCUUCGGGAAACUGCCCAAAGCUUACGAGUUCUACGCCCACCGCAGGUGCUGAAGAUGGGCUGAGCAGAGAUCAGACGCAACAGAAUCCCCUUCACCCCCAUACCUGGUCUGUUCCCUGUAGUACUCUGCUUCUGCCACAAGAGGGAGGCAGCACAAUGCAUUAUACUGUGUUAUUCAUUCAAUAAAACAUUCCCUAUCUGAA